AUGGGUCAUCCGGAAUCUGCGGGAAAACUGAUUGAAUUUCUCUCGGGGUGCUGCGAUGGUGUUUGUUGUGAUCUAUUUAUGACGCAAGUUAGGGUUUAUGCGAUGCGUAGUUUCUCAAACGAGUCUUUCCUCGCCAAAUCAGCUGGCAUUCAGACAAUCGUUUUAAUCCCAACCGAUGUUGGUGUGGUCGAAUUGGGUUCGGUCAGGCACGUUCCUGAAAGCGUGGAGCUCGUGAAGGAGAUUGGGUCAACAUUUUCGUCUUUUUCGUCCCUUUUAAAGGCGAAAAAGGCUGCCAUAAAUGACAAGAGCGAUCAGAAAACCGAGGUGCAUAGGCAGAUUCCCAAUCUCGUCAUCGGUGGGCGUAGGGAUGUCAUUGCCCCCAAGAUUUUUGGGCAGGAUCUAAAUUCGAGCGGUGUGGGGCAUUUUCGGGAGAAGGGCGCGCCGUGGGGUGCAGGCGCAAAUGGUAACAGGCCGCCGUUUGUAAACACCCGUAAUGGUUUCCCCUGGGCCCCACAGCCGACUCCAAUUUCAUUAAAAAGCCUUCCCGAGAGGGAGAAGAAUUUCAUGAUGGGUGGAUUCCAGAUCCACCAGAAGCCACGGCCCCACCAGAUGCAGCAGAUCAACUUCGGAACAAACGCCUCGAGGCCUCGUGGCGUGGAUUCGGAGCACUCGGACGUGGAGGCCCCAAGCAAGGAUGAUCCAGGCGGGCUCUCUGAGGACAAGCGGCCCAGGAAGCGCGGCAGGAAGCCUGCCAACGGGCGGGAGGAGCCCCUCAACCACGUCGAGGCCGAGAGGCAGCGGCGUGAGAAGCUGAAUCAAAGGUUCUAUGCUCUCCGGGCGGUUGUACCCAACAUAUCGAAAAUGGACAAGGCCUCCCUGCUGGGGGACGCCAUAGCCUACAUAACCGAGCUCCAGAAGAAACUGAAGGACAUGGAGGCCGAUAGGGAUGUGAGUGCAGAGGGAUCGGUGGGUGGCCCGGAAUCAAGGGACCCGAAUGGGAGGCCUGAGAGCCCGUGGAUCGAUAUUGAGGGGGGCUGUGAUGAGGUGACCGUGAGGGUCAGUUGCCCGUUAAGUACCCACCCGGCCUCGAGGGUGAUACAGGCAAUAAAUGAUGCGCAAGGGAUAAUCAUCGACGCAAGAAUGGCGGCAGGAAGUGAGAAAGUGUUCCACACUUUUGUGGUGAGGUCACUGGGGUCCGAGAGAUUGAAUAAGGAGAAGUUGGCUCAGUCGUUAUCGCUUAGGUGCAACUCGUCCUAG